CAUCCGAGUCCUUUAUGAUCUUGAUUCAACAAACCGUGUAUAAAUAACAGGUCACAUUGUUUUGUUGAACAUACGCCUACUUUUGGUCAUUUUAGUUGUGUACACUUGUAUUUUCUGCCCAGAGAUCGGUGCGGAUUAAACAUUUUGCAUUUUCAAGUAACACCAUCUGCCAUGUUGCUUGCACAAUACUUCACGCGAUCAAUGUGGUUUUGUGCCACACUACUAUUGACGUCGGCCUCAACGUCAUGGCUUCUCCCGCUAAAACCAGAAACAGACGUUACACAGGGAGACCUACCAGUGUGUUCCUCCUACGACAGUCUAUGCGGAUUGAACUAUCGGUACAUAACGGAUUCCGGCGAACCAGUCGAGCUUUUUAAAAGCCAAUCAAACAUCUGCAAAUGUCAGAACGGAAACACGUGCUCAGGAGACUGGUUCAACAUGUCUAACUCUAUGGUUCAGACUCUGACCACCGAAAGAGGAUUCCACCUGGAGGCAAAAAUAGAGUUCUGUGAACUGGCAUCCAAUCAGAAACCGUGCGCCUUUGGAUCUCCAGUGCUAACAACGAAAGGCCAAGGCCCGCUAUCAUUCGAGUUGGCCACACCAAUGUCGUGCCGAUGUGCCCGCCCAUUGGUUGCUCAAGCGUCCUGGGAGAAGGGAGCUUACUUUUACACGCAAUAUGGGUGUGGUCAGGCGUGGUGUACAAGGAAAUCUGCCGACGUAUGUAAAAUAGUGUCGUUGAACGCGGGCGGGACAUAUUUCGAGAGGUACUUGUGUCGGUGCCGACGAAGCGACGCCUGUGGUGGCGACCUCCCGACAGCCGAUCUGCCGACGACAAACCACACCUGCUUCUCCCGACAGGCUUCGUCGGACACAAGUCUUGCAUGGAAAUCGUUAAAACCGUAGUCAACACCUGAUGUGAUAUAAUCUGUAUACAGUGACAUUUAGUGUAAUGACUUAACUACGAGGUUUCAUGGACAAUAUAUGUGCACAGUCACACGACAAGGACCUUCUAGGUGUUAUACGGAUGUUCACAUUUUUAUACGUUGGUGCUAACAAUUCUGAUCCAUUUUAUCUACCAAUGGUUAUUAUAUGUAAAAAGCAGAUCGGGUGAGAUUUUGAAACGAUUUUAAAUGGACUAGCUUUGUUUUAAUCCACAGAUAAGUGGUAUUUAAAACAAACAUCUUACACAUAAUAGAGUAUGACGACCCAAUUAUAAAUGGACUCGCUUUUCUCGACAACCGUUAUCGCUGUCUGACUGACUUAAUGAGCGUGUCAAUAAGCUUCAAUGCACUCAUUUAAAAAUAAAUAGGUUCAAAUUAAACGUACAUUAUUUAGCUCUGGUUAUAAAUAAAAUAAAGAGUAUUGUUAAACAAAAAGGCUCUUGAGUUAUUGCACGUUACUACGCGGCAUAAUAAAUAACAAACAUGGUUUGCGGUAUUCAUAGCAUUCUUUAAAUUCGGAAGAGACACUAUUCAACAGCACCAAUCAACAUCAACUCUCAUUAUUGACAAACAUAUAUGUCUUAAAAUAUAAAAAACAACAAACAUAAAUUGUGGUACAAUAUGUGGUGCAUUUCCUCUAUCACCAAUGCAAAUAAUAACUAGCUGUAUUCAGUGCAGUAUAAAAUGUAUAUUGUAUCCAAUUUAAUAGCAAUCUACUAAAAUCAAUAACAUAUUAAACAAGAGAUAUGUUUGACAGAAACACAAUGCCCCCUAUUGCGCCGCUUUGAAGCAAUAUAUUUGACCUUUACCUUGAAGGAUGACCUUGACCUUUCACCACUCAAAAUGUGCAGCUCCAUGAGAUACACAUGCAUGCCAAAUAUCAAGUUGCUAUCUUCAAUAUUUCAAAAGUUAUUGAUUGAUUUGAUUCUAUUUGGUAAAAAUAUGAACAUUACAUAGUUACUACAUAAUGCAGACAAUAUAAAAUAUAUAAUAUUUAAUAAUAUAUAAAAUAUAAUAAUAUAAUAAUACCUAGUACAACGAUUAUGUACGCCAGACACUGACUUAAAAUUCUCACCCAUAUACUCUGGUGCAAGGCCAUUUUUAACCUUAUGUACAUGACAAAGUAUGAUCUGUUCUACUCGUUUUGAAACAGGCAGCCAACAUAAAUGUUAAAACUGUUCUUGACAAACAUGUGAUUUGUUAUCCAUAUUCAGAAAAAACCUAAUCAUCUUGUUUUGUGUAGUUUGAAGCCUAUUUUUAAGUGACUUAAAGGGGCCUUUUCACAGAUUUUGGCAUUUUUUAACUUAUUCAUUAACUGCUUUAUAUCGAUAAAUGUAAACAUUGGAUCGUAAAAGCUCCAGUAAAAAAUCAAGAAUAAAAUUAAAAAAAGGAAAAGAACAUUGCCCGGACCAGGUUUCGAACCAGUGACCCCUAGAGUCCUGCCAGAGUCCUGAAGUAAAAACGCUCUAGCCUACUGAGCUAUUCCGCCGAAUACAUAUACUAGAAGUAUUUUAUACAUUAUAUAAGCAAUCUUCGUAGUUUCACAAAAUUUAACGACAAAAACAGAACUCUCCAAAUUAUUCAAUCGUUUCGCGUUGCAACGCUUUAUAAUUUUUAGGUUUUAAAAUCGUCAAAAGAUGCAUAUAAUGGCUAUAUUAGACCAUGGUAAAUGUUCAGUAUUACUGUUUCCUCACAAAUAUCAUAACUAAAACGAAAAUUUGCGAAUCUGAAACAACUUUUUUCAAUUUUGUCAAUUUACCAAAGCGUGAAAAGAUCCCUUUAAUAAGACUUUAACCAAUGUUAGAGUUUUGGGACAGAAUGACACAGUGACAGAGUGACAGAAUGACAGACAGACCAAAAACAAUACAUCCCCGAUCAUUCGAUCCGGGGGCAUAAAAAUCACACACAAAUUAAGAUUGAGAUUAUGAAAAUAUCAGUAUCGAUAUACAAGAAACGGACAUUCUUUACCAAAUGAAUCAAAAAAGCUUAAUUAUUAUUGUAAUUUAUUAAAACCAAUUCAGUUUGUUUCGAAAUAUAUUUAGAUUUUUGUUCCAUAUACAUUUAUAUACCAGAACAUUAUGCUAUUUGAAAACGUCAAUUAUUUACCGAAUGUGUCAAACUGUGUGUACGUACAUGUAUAAGAAAUAAACAUUUAAGGCUGAA